AUGGAGCUGGGCAGCUGCUUCAAGACCUACCAGGACUUCGAGGAGUGCUUCAGCGCCUACAAGACGGAGAACAAGUGCUGCUUCGUCCUCAACGACUGCGUCUCGGUGCGCUUCCACAACCUCUGCUACGGCACCUGCAUCCGCGAGGACAUCCUAUACGUGCGGGUGAAAUUUGUCUGUAUUCGAACACAGUCAAACAGGAAGAGAACACAGGAGGCAGACACAUGCCCAGCCUACUUACUUCUGCAGUACGACGACAGACUAGAUAGACUGUUUAUCAGUGAACUAAAUACCCAGCAUGUACAUGUUGAUUCCCAAACAAGAAGUCAUGGUGGAGACCCCACUGGCAAAUCUGAAAAGCCACAGUGCCUGCAGAAGCUCCAGCCAGUGCACAGAGACCUUGACAAAGCUGAGAAGUCCCCACUAGAAAUCUCAUUUUGCCUAGAUAAGGUACAAGCACCCUGGAAGCCAGAACAGGGGAGCUUCUCUCCUGACUUAGCCAAUAUAGCACAAAUGAUGAAGAACUUUCUAAAGGUAGAUGAAGGUUCCAUGGCCUCCUUCAGUGUGGGCACCAGUCAAGACCUGGACCGGCUUAGCUUCCAGAGCAGCAAGAUGAGUGACCUGUUCACUCGCUUCCCCAAGAAUCUCUUGCUGCACAGGGCGGAGAACCCCCAGGGCCACAUCCUGUAUGCUUUCUUGGUGGAGAACAAGGAGCGAGAGAGUCGAGUGGUUCAUUUCUCUGUGCUCAAGGCCGAAACGGCCACCUCUGUGGCCAAGAUGUUGAACAUCUUCACAGGGUUCAACUCAGAUUGGACCAAGGUCAAGGUAGUAUUUGUGGACCCUUCAUUCCCAUACUGGGCCAUCCUGCAAGAGAUCUUCCCUGCAGCCCGCAUCCUACUCUCCAUCUACCAUACAACCCGGCUCUUGGAAAAGAUGCUACAGCAGAGUUCAGCGAGUGCAGCCUUUAAAAGGCUCAUGAAGGAAGCCAUACGGGAGGCUGUGUUUGUUGCUUCUGAUGCCAGUCUGAAAAAUCUCUGUCAGAUGUGCCAGGCCCUGCUGGAUGAGGAUCUCUUCAGCUUCCUGCAGACCCACUGGUUCUCCUGUGAACUGCUGUGGUACAUGCAUGCCAGGAAGGGUCUGCACGCAUGCAACACCUACAUGGACAGCCUAGACUUUGUCACCAGCAAGGUGUCAAGCCUCUUUCAGAAACAGCAGUCCUUAUCGGACUGCAUCCUUCGUUUUGUUGAUUACAUAGACUUCUUUAAUACCAAAAGCUCCCCAACUGUUUCCAAGUUAAAGAAAACCUGCUCUCUCAGCAUGCAACAACCGAGGACCAAGAAGCCUUUCGGGAUCCACGGAGCCAGAGGGCUACCUGAGGAAGAGACAAAGUCAGACUCCAAGCAGGUUUGCUUGCUGCAGCAAUCCCCGCUACUGUCCUCCCACGGUGGCAUGCUAGACAUCUUGCACCAGCGGGGCUCUGAACUGGCUUACAAGCUGUGCCGCAAUGAGUGGGAGGUGGUGCAGAAUUCCACCCACCUGGUGGAUGUGGCAGGUCCCGCAGUAGGCAUUCAGCUGCUGGAGGACUCUCACCAGGUGAGCAAAGAUGGCUGUAGCUGCAGCUGCUACUUUCAACAAUGGUAUCACCUGCCAUGCCGACACAUUCUGGCCCUGCUGCACACCAGCCAGCAGCCAGUAGAUGAAGCCAUGGUGUGUCGCAGGUGGCAGAAAAAGUAUCAAUAUCUCCUUAGGCCGAAUGGAGAUCUCCAGGAAUGUAGUGUGAUCCCAUCCACAGACCAGCCUGAAAACCAAGGCCGGCAUGACAUGAUUCAGGACCUCAGCAAGGAGCUAGCUAACCUGCUGAUGCAGACAGAGGGACCAGAGCUGGAGGAACGCUGUGCUACCCUGCGCAAAAUUGUGGACAUCUGGGCUGAUCCUGGUGAGCCACGUGAGGCCAGCCAGCAUCCAGGAGACUUCAAGGAUGUGGGCCUCCUGCCUUUCCUCUGGGGAAAGCAGGAGGAAGGGGAGGGACUCCCUCUCUCUGAAACCACAGUUCAUAACUGAAACACUUGCAUUGGAUCCCGCUCUUCUCCUUGGAGUUUACAGGUUCAAAGUGAGCAGGUCAUCCUAGGAGUCAGUACGUUAACCUGUGUCUUCCUGGGUUGGACUAGGAAGAAUGUUAACUGUCCUUCAAAGUCUGCCCCUUUCCAGCCCAACCAUGACAUUCCACGGUGUCUUGUUUGUUGUUCAAGGCCAAAGUUAACUCCAUGCUGCCAGGUCACCCCUCUUCCUUGGCUAACCCCUGAGAUCAGACCUUCUUGACCCUACAGGGGUGAACCCCUGAUCAGAGAAAGCAUGGUUAAAAGGGCUUUCAAGGACAAAGAAGGUGACAACCAAAUGUUGCUGCUGUUUUUGAAGUAUCUGUUAUUUUACCUAUUUUAAUUCCUGUUAAAUAAAGUUGGUGU